CCGCCAUAUUGAUUUUUUAGGAAAGUGAGGUUUGGUGUUGGUUUGUGGCGUCUUUCUUUCUGUUGUCUUCGUGUUAAUUUCACAAAAUGUUGGCCUUAGAGCCAAAAAAGGAUGGUGGACCAAACGUAAAAUUCUUUGAAGCUCCUGAUACAAUAUCACAAUUUGAUGGAAUUAAAGCAUGGAUGCAAAAGAAUUGCAAAAAGUACGUACAAACCGAUCCACCAAACAGCAAGGGUCUGGCAACUCUUGUGAUGCAGCUAAUCCAAUUCCAGGAGGAUAAUUUUGGUAAAAAUGUUAAUAAACCUCUGCUUACUAGGCUUCCGAUGCGUUGCUUCCUGGAUUUCAAGCCAGGGGGCGCACUGUGCCAUAUUCUGGCUGCUAUGUACAAGUUCAAGAUAGAACAGGGCUGGAGAAGAUUCGAUUUCCAGAGCCCUUCUAGAAUGGAUCGCAACGUUGAAAUGCUGAUGAGUGUGGAGAAGGCACUGGUGCAGAAUAAGUGCCUGACAAUGCCUUCUGUAUUUAUUCGGCCCGACGUCGACAAAGCCACAGCCACCAAAGUCAAGGAUGUCAUUAAAAGGCAUCAGGGUACAGUAGCAGAUACGGAGGAGGAGGCGACACACGUCAUCUACCCGGCGUCAGACCCUCUGGACGAAGAGUACGCGCGACCCUCAUUCAAGCGAGACCGCAUGGUGAUGAUGCACUGGUACUACUUCCCCGACUCCUACGACUCCUGGGUCAGCGUCGACCUGCCUGUCGAUCCGCCAGACUCGCCCGCCACGCACACCUCGCAGUGGAAGGUUUCCGCGUCUUGGGCUUUGGACCUGGAUCAAUACAAUGAAUGGAUGAACGAAGAAGACUAUGAAGUUGACGAAAAUGGGAGGAAAAAAGUUCACAGGUUGAGAUUGACAGUGGAUGAUCUGAUGAGUACAUCGGAUCCAGAAAGAACAAAGAAAAAGCAAAAGAGAAAGAGAUCACCAUCUCCUCCCGUGAAAAUGGGAAAGAGAAAGAGUGGUCGCAGUCCAGCCGUGGUGAACCCGAAGAAGGUGAAGAGUGAGGAGGAGGCCGACGACCUGACCAAGGACAUGGAUGAGCCCACUCCGGAGCCUAACGUGCAGGAGGUGACUGUGCCCAAGCCAGGCUCUUCAACUUCGUCGAAAAAGGAUAGCGAAUCUCAGCCAAUAAAGAGUGGCACAGUUGCUGAUUUGGAUGAAGAAAUGGAUAAGGGUGAAGACAGUCAAACCGGCAAGAUGUCUGAUACAAACACUCAGGACGUGACGAUGAAGGAGGACCAGAGCCAGGAGGACAACGUGACUGAGCAGACCCAUCACAUCGUGAUCCCCAGCUACUCGGCGUGGUUCGACUACAACUCGAUUCACACGAUCGAGAAGCGCGCGAUGCCCGAGUUCUUCAACGGCAAGAACAAGUCGAAGACGCCCGAGAUCUACCUGGCCUACCGCAACUUCAUGAUCGACACCUACCGCCUCAACCCGACCGAGUACAUCACCAGCACGGCGGCCCGUCGCAACCUCGCUGGCGACGUGUGCGCCAUCAUGCGGGUGCACGCCUUCCUCGAGCAGUGGGGAUUGAUCAACUAUCAGGUUGACGCCGACAGUCGUCCUACUCCGAUGGGGCCGCCGCCGACGUCGCACUUCCACGUGCUCUCGGACACGCCCUCCGGCCUGCAGCCGGUCAACCCACCCAAGACGGCGCAGCCCUCCGCCGCUAAGACUCUCCUCGACAUGGACAAGAAGGUCACCGCUCCCGACCACCUCGCCCCCAACUCAGACAUCGAACCCGGCACCAAUUUCGGCCUCAAACUCGAUCAGUACAGCCGCAAGCCAGCCGCGCUGCGCAACAAGACAGCGGCCAGCUUGACGCGCGACUGGAGCGAGCAGGAGACGCUGCUGCUGCUGGAAGGCCUCGAACUGUACAAGGACGACUGGAACAAGGUGUGCGAGCAUGUCGGCACCCGCACCCAGGACGAGUGCAUCCUCCACUUCCUCCGGCUGCCCAUCGAGGACCCCUAUCUCGAGGACCAUGAAGCUGGUGGUGGAGCACUGGGUCCGUUGGCCUACCAGCCGAUUCCGUUCAGCAAGGCGGGCAACCCGAUCAUGUCGACUGUGGCCUUCCUGGCGUCGGUCGUCGACCCCCGCGUCGCCGCUUCGGCUGCCAAGGCCGCUAUGGAGGAGUUCGCCAGCAUCAAGGAUGAAGUACCUGCUGCCUUGAUGGAUGCACAUAUUAAGAAUGUUGAGGCUAACACUGCUGCUGAUGGCAAAUUCGAUCCUGCAGCAGGACUGAUACAGAGCGGUAUCGCCGGUACAGUUCCCGAAAAGGAGGAAGAAAGUGAAAAAGCCGAGAAGAAAGACGCCGAAAGCGGUUCGAAAGAAGAAGCCAAAGAAGGUGGUGCAGCCACAAACAAAGAAGGAGGUGGAGCAGCAACGGCAGCAACCGGAGAGGCAGCAGCCGAAGUGGUGGUCAAGAAAGAAGUCACCGAAAAGGAAUCUGGCGAAGGAGAAGCGAUGGAUGUGGAUAAGAAGGAGGAGAGCAGCGAAGGAGAGGUGAAGGAGGAGACGGAGCGCGACAGAGUCGUCAAGGAUGCUCAGUUGCAGUCGGCGGCAGCCGCAGCCCUGGCCGCAGCUGCGGUCAAGGCCAAGCAUCUGGCCGCUGUCGAAGAAAGAAAAAUAAAAUCGUUGGUGGCGUUGCUGGUCGAAACCCAGAUGAAGAAAUUGGAGAUCAAGUUGAGACACUUUGAAGAGCUGGAAACCACGAUGGAGCGCGAGAGAGAGGGUUUGGAAUACCAGAGACAGCAGUUGAUACAGGAGAGACAACAGUUUCAUUUGGAGCAACUGAAGGCGGCCGAGUUUAGAGCGAGACAACAGGCGCAUCAGCGGCUGGCUGCAGAGCAACAAGGACAGCAAACCACUCCUUCCACCACACCCACCCCACCCUCGCCACAGGCUGUGCCAACACCUCAGCAAGCGGCUACUUCCCCUUCUCCCGCCUGAAUUAGUUUUUAAUUAUCAUUUAGACACAACAGCUUGUUUCAAACUUGAUGUAACAAUUGUCGAUAGUUUCUUACGAAUGAAUGGAUGAACAAAUGGUUCAGUCACGAGUGAAACAUCGGCUUUACAUGGUUGAGUCACGAGAAAUGCUUGAAAUUGCAGCGGAUUAAUGACAGCCGAGCUUUUUCUCCUGACUGAACCAUCUGUUGUGAAGAGGUCGUACGGUUGGCUGCCCUGCCGGCUAUUGUGCAGAUUCUUAGAAAAAUAGAACACAUGCAAAGUGUUCUCAUUCUGCUGCUAUUUCAAACUUUUCCUCAUGACUGAACCAUCUAUAGUUGAGUGCAAAUGAGCCAGAUACUGUACUAUUUAUGAAAUAACUUGAAUCCGAAAAACCUUCAAUGUUCAAGAUCAAAAAAAUAAUAUGAAUUGUACCAACAUUUUGAUGAGUAACUACUCACUUUUGACUAAGUGGCUGUUGGUGUUGUAUUUGUAGGAAAAUGCCAUUUUCCACAACUACAUCCGUUGUACAGUAACUUUCUGCAUCGAUGUAUGUGUUGUGGUUUGAUAAAUCAACAAAAAUUCUCUAGAUUGAUAUGAUGUUGUGGGUGUUGUAAGUGGGUGCUCUGAAAAAAGAAUAAUUGUUUUAUUUAUAAACAAAGUGAAUGAAUUAUUCCAACUUGAUAAUGAGAGUAUCAAUAGAUAAUUCCGUGGUUAAGUGGGUAACUGUAGAUUGAGUUAUGCUUGGAAAAUGAUGUCUUUUUUAUCAAAACGAAUCAAUUAUUUUAUAUGUUAUAGGAUACCAACUUGGAAAAGUUGAAAAUAUAGUAUUGUAAUUUUAUAAAUUUUACUUCCAAAUAGUACUAUUCGAUUCUAUCGAGAAUACAAUCUAUUGAUAUAA